AUGAAAAUAUUGAAACCGCCUCUCUAGAUUAAAGAAAAAUAAUGGGAUAAUCGUUUUUAUUUGGGAAAGCUGAGUGAUCAUGAAAUUAAGAAAUAGUUUAUGAUUAAGAAGAAAUCAGUAAAAAGACCUACAUCUACGAAUAAAAUUAUAAUCGAUGAAAAAUCAAUAGCAAUAAGACUUUAUGAUUUAUAAUUAUUGUGGGAAUAAUUCCACAUUCCUUAAUUUCAUAGGGCAUACUUUCUUCAAUAUAAUGAAAAAGAUCUUAAUGCUAUUUUAAGGGAAACUGCUGAAAUAAAGCUUAAGUAGUCAAUUGUAUAAAAGUUAAUGAGUUUAAUUAAAGGUAGAGAAAGAUGUUUAAAUUUUUUAAAAUUGGAAACAUUUGAAGAACAUAAAUUUUCAGAGCUUUUAUUUCAUCUCAGAAUUUUAACAGUCAAUGUUAUUGAGCAGUUUAAAAAAUGGAGAGAUUCUUUAAAUAGAUGUGUUCGGUGGAGAUUAGAUGAAAUAGAUUAUCUCUAAAAAUUAAGAGUAGAUAUUGAUUUUCUAAAAGAAUAUUAUUAAGAAUAUUAAAGAGAUCCUUUUAUGUUAUGGUUGUAUAAAUUAGGCAAGUUUGAUUCAGUACAUUCCAAUUUUCAUUAAAUAUAGAAAGAUAUGAUGAAAAGAAUACGUGAUUGGUAAUCAUAUAAUUUAAUAUAUUUUCAGUGAAAUUUUACUAAUAGAAAAUGAUUAUUUUGACAUGUAAACAAACAUUUUAUCAAGAAAGGAAGCUUAACUUAUAAAUAAAUAUUUAAGAGAUUCUACAAUUUAAAUGGAGGAUUAGCUAAAAAGUUAAGAAUUAAAGACUUAAAGUCCAAUUCCUUAAUAAAAGAAAACAGUAUAAAUUUUGGAUAAUCUGACACUUGUUUAAUAAGUUGUAAAAAACAAAGAUCAAUUUAUUCAAUUAUUAAAUUCAGUUAAAAAUGAUAGUGAUAUUGACAGUUCAUUUCCUAUUAGAGAAAAUUUAUUUGAAUUGAUUGAUUUUUCUGACUCUCAUAUAAUAGCUCUCAUGUAACAUUAAAAAAUAAAAGGUCUUUGUAUUGCUUAAAGUGAGCAGUCUGAAUAAUAUCGAAAGGUUGUAAUUGAAUAAAUUAAAUUGGAUAACAUUUAACUGUUUUCUCAAUUUAUUCAAUUAAUAAAUAAUUAUUUAAAAGGAAAUGAAAUAACUAUCAAAUUAGUUCAUUAUAUAUAAAAUGAAAAAUUGAUUGACUGUGAAUGUUUAAAGGUUGCAUUAAAAUAAGAAGGAUUUAGAUGGAAACAGUAAACUAAUGAUAGUGAAAGAAAUAUUAGAUAUACAAUUUAUUAUAAAAAGAAAGAAUAUUAGUAGCAGUAGAUAAAUCAAUUUAAAUUUAAUUUUCAUGUUCAUAGUACAAAAUUAAAUUAAUUGAUGCAAUUGGUUUAUAACAAUAUUCAUGAAGAAUCUGAUUUAAUUUAAAAAUUUAAACGUUAUGCUGAUUCAAGAAAAUCUGAACAUAAUCCAUUACAAAUAAAAUUGAGGCCUUUUAUAAAUGAUGAAAGAGUUGUUCUACUUGAUUUAAAAUGUAAAUUACCAUCAUUCAAAACAGAAGUUCGAAAUGAGUAUAAAUAUUACAGAAUCGUAUUCAAAUUAUUUAUAAUUAGAUUUAAGAUCCAGAAAUAAGUAAUAUAUUUUGUAUGGAAAUAGAUGGAUAAACUGUUUAUGCAAUAUCAUUACUAAAUAAUGAUUACAACAUCCUUAUUUCUAAAGAUUAAAUUUAUUAAGAAAUUAUUAAGAUAAAUUAAUUUUAACCAACAGCAGAAGACAUCUCUAUUCCAAUGUUUUGUUAUAAUGAUGAAAUAGCAGAUAUAUUUAAUCAUCAUAUUAAAGUUUAAUUUGAACACUUAAUGGUAAUCAAUAGAAUAACGAAUACGGAACAACAAACAAUUGAAAUUAAACCUGAAGCUUUUUACUUCUCUAUAUUGUAUGAAGAUCAUAUUAUAAACUAAUUUAAAAUAAAGGAAAAUAAUUUAUUAAAAUUUAAACCUUUAAAAUCUUAAGUAAACAUUAGUGGAGAAAUUAACAUUGAUAAAUCGAAAUUAAUUUUACCUUCUUUUCCAUUAAUCCUAAAAAACCUUGAACCUGAGCCUUUGAAAAUAGUUAUUAAGAAUCAUGAAUGUAUAUGUGCUUUAGACAAUUUUGCAACUACUAGAAAAUGGAUAAUUUAUACAAUAAGUGGAUGCCAAGAAAACUAAGUAAAGGAUGUGUUUGAAUAGUUAAUAACUUAAUUAACCAUUAUUGAUCCAAAUAUUUAAGAAGUUGGUAUAGAGUAAUUUAUAUAAAUAAUUUUAGUUUUUAUCAUGAAUUGGUGAAUGGAGAAUUUAUUGUGAAUAAAAAUAUCUAGAAAUAACUUACAUCUCUUGGUUUUAAGUGGAAAAUAUAAAUAAAUGAAGCUAAUGAACAUACAAGAUUUACUAGAUAUUUGUUAAAAUUAUAAAGGGAUACUUAGAUUGUUGAUAACAUGGUUUGUCAAUAUUUUUGUACAUAAGAUUUUGCAGAUGUCAAUGUCUAGCCUUUAAUUUAAUAAUUUUCGAUAUUUUAUUAAACCUUGACUCAAUCUCAGUUAGUAGUAAAAAGAGUAAAUAAUUAAAUAUAUUAUGUAGAACAAUCUAAUACCCUUCUCAAAAUAUUAUAAUAAGGAUAUUCCUCCUGAAAUAUAGAGUGAUUAAAUGCUGGAAACCAAAAUUUCAUAAAUUUUAUAAAAUUGUAAAUAUGGAACUAAAAAUAAAAUAGAUUAUAUAGUUUUCAAUGUAAGUGUUAUAUUUUAUAUUUAAGAGUCAAGUUGUUACUUGUAAUAAACAUCAAGAGUUGGGAAUUAUUUAUUUUAUUUAACUUUUUGAUGUUAUUUUAUGUUUCUAUCAAUUGGAGAAGGAGUUAAACACAGAAUAAAUAGCUAAUAUGAUUUUAAAAGUAUGCUUUUAAUUUAUGAUAAGUCUACAAGUGAUGAUAGUUAAUCAUAAUAACAAAAUUUAGGCGUUGAAUUUAUUUAAUACAAUAAAACAGGUAGCAAUUACUUUAUUGAAAUCAAUUUAAAUAUGGAAAAACACACUUCUAUUGAGCUUGAAGAUUUUAAAACAAUAACAAAACCUUACUUUAUUGGCAUAAUCGAACCUAAUUGGUAUGAAAAACAUAACUAGAUGAUUGCAUCAAUGAUAAUUUUAUGA